GUCGAGCUCCGUCUUGCAGCAAUGGCUGAUGUUGAAGCAGAAGUCGCGACGGCACAACCGAAGAAGAGGACGUUCAAGAAGUUCAGCUUCAGAGGCGUCGACCUCGAUGCUCUCUUGGACAUGUCCACCGAUGAACUUGUCAAGCUCUUCACUGCACGCGCCCGCAGAAGAUUUCAACGCGGUUUGACGCGCAAGCCUAUGGCGCUAAUCAAGAAACUCCGUAAGGCGAAAAGGGAGGCUCCAGCCGGUGAAAAGCCAGAGCCAGUCAGGACUCACCUUCGCAACAUGAUCAUUGUGCCUGAAAUGAUUGGUAGCAUCAUUGGUGUCUACAAUGGUAAGACCUUCAAUCAAGUUGAAAUCAAACCAGAAAUGAUAGGCCACUAUCUAGCUGAAUUCUCAAUCUCUUACAAGCCUGUUAAGCAUGGAAGGCCUGGUAUUGGUGCAACUCACUCCUCGAGGUUCAUUCCUCUCAAGUGAAGGCAACAAUGUUAUUUUUGUUUUUUUUCCUUUCUGGUUCAAUUUCUUUCCCCUUAGCUUUUACCUGGAUUAUUUAUCUAUUUUCUAGUUAUGUUACUUCGCCUUCUUUCCGAAAUCAGUGAAUGUUAGCAUUUAUUUUGUUAACUAUUAAUAUAUGAGCUUUGUCAAAUUCUUGGA